UCUACCGGGGCGGUGGGUGCCAGGUGAAGUAGCCCUGCGCCUUGAUCGGCCGGCCUCGGGGUCGCGGCUCUUUGUCGUGGAGGCGGCUCUCAGCGUUUUGGGGACGCAGAGGACGCCGGCGCUCAGUGCGCUGUUUUCCGGAGAAGGCGCAGGUCUUCUUUACCCCCGCGACUUUGCAAACGCGGUGCUUUAACCGGGCGUUUAAAAUUAGAAGUGAGGUCACACAUUGGCGGCAUAAAUACUCAGUCGCUAAAGUUAGCCGUAAUAUUAGGGUUAAAUUUUACUCAUCUGUCCUGCUGACUGAUUCAAGGGCAUACCCUCCUAUCGAUAUUCCCCUAACCUAAAAUCAGAUCAUGUUUGCUCUGUACCACACGUCUAUAUAAUUAUUUGUUGCUGUGUUUCACCGUUUACAUUUUUACUCCCAGUAUCUUCUAUGCUUUUUGAAGGUUGAGGUUAUUUAUACUUCUGUUGUGCUUGUUUAUAAUAUAUAACAUGUUCUAUUUUUGAUAUUUAACAUGUUUUGAACACGUUUUGAACAGCGUUUAGCAAACACUUACUGGUUAAUUUCUCUGAAGACUCAUUUAUCUUCUGGGCAAGAACCCUGAUAUCCCAGGCAAGGGACAGAGCCAAAAGAAAGCCUUUGAAAGAAGAAAUACUAAAGAAACUGUGAAGCACAGAACCCAGUUGUAGCAAACUUUUUGCUAAGCUGCCUCAGCCUAGAAUGGCUGUGGAAUCCAGAGCACUUGCAACCCUGGUAACUCAGGAUCCUCAGGAACAGGAACUAAUCGUAGUGAAAGUAGAAGAGGGCCUUUCCUGGGGUCAGAAAUCUAAGCAGGAUGGGAGUGCCCAGGCCUGCCAAGAAAUGUUUCGCCAGCAAUUCAGAAAGUUUUGCUACAAGGAGACUCCUGGGCCGCGGGAGGCUCUGGGGCGACUUCACGAGCUUUGCUAUCGGUGGCUGAUGCCAGAGUUGCACACAAAGGAGCAGAUCCUGGAACUGCUGGUGUUGGAACAGUUCCUGAGCAUCCUGCCUGAGGAGCUGCAGGUCUGGGUUCAGCAACAGAGUCCAAAAAGCGGCGAGGAAGCUGUGACCCUGUUGGAGGAUUUGGAGAGAGAGUUCGAUGAUCCGAGGCAACAGGUUCCAGCUAGUCCACAGGGUCCAGCAGUGCCCUGGAAGGAUUUGACAUCUCUUGGAGCAUCCCAAGAGUCAACAGAUGUCCAACUCCAGCCUUUAAAGACACAGCUGAAAUCCUGGGAACCUUGCCUGUCCCUCAGAAGUGAUUGUGAGAACAAAGAAUCAGCAACAAAGGAGGAAAUUUUGGGAGAAAAACCACAGGGCUUUCCCCCGGAGCCUUCAUUUCAAGAAGUUAGUGAACAUGAAAACCAUUUAGAGUGGCAGCAAAGAAGUACUACAGGGGAGAAAUUAAGAUCUCCGUCCCAAGGAGACAGUUUUAGGCAAAUGGCCUUUACACAUGAAUCUCUAGGAAAGAGAGACCGCCAUGAUAAUCCUCAAAGAAGCAUGAUUCUAAGUGCAAACUCUUUAACAUAUCAGAAAGUUCAUACAGAAGAGAGACCUUACAGAUGUGAUGUAUGUGGGCACACCUUCACACAGCAUUAUACUCUAACGCAACAUCAGAGAAUCCAUACUGGAGAAAAGCCCCACAAGUGUAACCAGUGUGGGAAAGCCUUUAGUUUGAGCUCAUACCUUAUUAUUCAUCAGAGAAUUCAUAGUGGGGAGAAAGCAUACAAAUGCAGUGAAUGUGGGAAAGCCUUCAAUCAGAGAUCAGCCCUUAUUAGACAUCAGAAAAUCCAUACUGGUGAGAAAGCUUGUAUAUGUAAUGAAUGUGGCAAAGCAUUCAGUCAAAGUUCAUAUCUGAUCAUACAUCAAAGAAUUCACACUGGUGAGAAACCCUAUAAAUGUAAUGAAUGUGGAAAAGCCUUCAGUUUGAGCUCAAACCUCAUCAGACAUCAGAGAAUUCAUAGUGGAGAGGAACCUUAUCAGUGUAAUGAAUGUGGCAAAGCCUUCAGUCAAAAUUCAGAUCUGAUUAUACAUCAAAGAAUUCACACUGGUGAGAAACCGUAUGUAUGUAAUGAAUGUGGAAAAGCCUUCAGUUUGAGCUCAAACCUCAUCAGGCAUCAGAGAAUUCACAGUGGAAAGGAAUCUUAUCAGUGUAAUGAAUGUGGCAAAGCUUUUAAAAGGAGCUCAGCCCUUACUCAGCAUCAGAGACUCCACUCUGGGAAUGAAGCUUAUACAUACAUGUAGUGAAUGUGGGAAAACUUUCAGGCAGGGAACAGCCCUUAUGCACCAUCAGAGAGUCCACACUGUAGAAUAACUUGUGAAUACAAUGACUAUUGUAAA